AUGUACGUUAUCAACCAGGCAUACAACGUGUAUCACGAAAGUUUAGCCUGCCGAUAUAAUGUGACCCACCCAUUGAAACUGUACGGUUCUUUGACCUUCCGAUCGGUGUAUCUUUCCGUUCCGUACCAUCAUUUCACAACGGCAUUUUUACUGUAUACAACAAUUUCGCUAACAUUCGUCUGGACGUUUACCGACCUCUUUCUCAUGCUGAUUGCCUCCGGUAUAUCGUGCCGGUUCGAGCAACUUAACAAGCGUAUCAAUGCUAAUCUGCAAAACAGCACCGAAGCUUUUUGGGGUGAAAUGAGAACACAUUUCGUCGGUCUGAUGGAGUUGGUUGAGCAAACGAACAGGAUCAUUGGCCCGAUAGUGAUCGUUUCCUGUGCCAACGAUAUGUACUUUCUAUGUCUGCAGACGCUCAACACGAUAGAACAUAAACCGUUCCCCAUCAAUGAGUGGUACUUUCGAUAUUCGUUUACUUUUCUGAUAUUGCGGACCUCUGUGAAGCUGUGGUAUACGGCCGCCGUAGACGAAAAGUCCACACGAACCAACAAGCUCGUGCAAAAGGUGCGCAGUGAGAAUUACAAUGAUGAGGUGGAAAUCUUGCGCAUCUGUUCCGGAGCCGGUGUCUCCAUCUCUGGUAUGGGAUUCUUUAAUAUCUCACGCAAAAUAUUUCUUACCAUGGCUGGAUCUAUUCUAACAUACGAGUUGGUGUUGAUACGAUUCCAUCGUUCUUCGCAAGGAGCAGGACAGGAGCGGCCCUGUGCCUACAUUGACUGA